AAAUUCUGCUUCUCCUGCUUUGCUUUUCUCCCUAAUCUCCUAAGUCCACCAAGUUUGCUUUUCUGGUCUAUCACCCACAGCCACUCACUUUCAUCUGUUGCCUUGUUUUCAUCCUGUACAGAAUCAAAUUAGGACUGACUAGUCCUAUCUUAAAGCCUAACCCAGUAUUCUCCAUCCAUUUCUUACAGUCUUAAGUUCAAAACUUGACUGUGAUCUCAAAAUAUUGAAGUUGUUUUUCCUAUUUCAAUGGAUAGCUUGAUAUCUGCUAGUAGAGAGGGGAAAUACAAUGCAUGUUUCCAAAAGUCAGUUUUUUUCUUUUAUUCUCUAUUAAAGAGAUUUGUGAUUUAUGAUGUUGUUGUAAAAUGCCUGCUAUGUGAUAAAGUAACUUUUUGUUUUCAUUUGGGCCAGUUAAAUACUGUUAUCUUUUUAUAUGAUCCAUUUCUCUCACACAGGUGCAUGCUUGCAAAUACAAUUGUGUUUAGAAGUCAGAUGACAAUCUCUGUUGUUCACUACUGCAUAUGUCAGGCUAGUUGGCCCACCAGCUUCCAGGGAUUCCCGUCUCUACAUACCAUCUUGCCAUAGGAGUUCCUAGACCUUUGAUAUUGAACUGCAAGAUUUGAUUUACACUGAUGGAUGAUUUCAGGGUUGAAAUUAUAAAUAUGCCUUACCGUGUCUGGCUUUACUUGAGUUCUGGGGAGUUCAAACUCAGGCUUGCAUGGACUCUGUGACCUUUGAAGAUGUAGCUGUAAACUUCACUGUGGAGGAGUGGGCUUUACUGGAUCCUUCCCAAAAGAGGCUGCACAGAGAUGUGAUGCAGGAGACCUUCAGGAACCUUGCUGCCAUAGGAAAAACACAAGAAGACCAGCACAUAGACAAUGACCACAGAUAUUCUAGAAGAAAUCAAAGAAAUGAAGUUAUAGAAAGACUGUUGGAACAUAACAAAGAUAAUGAAUAUGAAGAAAUCUUGAGACAGAUUCCAAACACCAUUGUGAACAGGAAAAUUUCUCAUAAAACAAUGAUUUGUGAAAGCCAUGUGUAUGAAGACAACAUGCUCAUUGGUCAUUCAUCUCUUAAUGUGUCUAUGCCUCUUCAAACUACACAUAAACCUCAUCAAUAUGAGCUAUGUGGAGAGAGACUCUAUAAGAUUGGGGAAUGUGAGAAAGCCUUCAUUUAUCCAGAAUGCUUUCUGAAGCAUGAAGACACUGACACUGGGCAGAGAUCCUAUGAAUUUAACCAGUGUGAGAAAAUCUUCAGAAGUAAUGGUUACAUUCAAAUACGUGUGAAUAAUGAAACUAGAGAAGAAAUAUGUAUGGAUAAGCAGCAUUAUAAUGCCUUUACUUAUCCUGAUUUUCUUCAGUAUGUUGAAAAGAUCCACACUGGAAAGAAACCCUAUAUAUGUAAACAAUGUGGAAAAACCUUUUCUUUUUUGAGUAACAUUAGAAGACAUGAACGAACUCAUACUGGAGAGAAACCAUACAGAUGUAAUAUAUGUGAUAAAACCUUCACUUGUUUGACUAACUUUCAAGAACAUGAAAGAACUCACACUGGAGAGAAACCAUAUUUAUGUACACAGUGUGGGAAAUCCUUUUCUUUUCUGAGUAACAUUCGAAGACAUGAACGUACUCAUACUGGAGAGAAACCAUACAGAUGUAAUAUAUGUGGUAAGUCUUUCAGUUAUUUGACUAACUUUCAAGACCAUGAAAGAACUCACACUGGAGAGAAACCUUAUGUGUGCACACAAUGUGGGAAGGCUUUCACUUACUACUAUUCCUUUCAAACACAUAAACGAUGUCACACUGGAGAGAAGCCCUAUGUCUGUAAGCAGUGUGGGAAAGCCUUCAGUUAUUACAAUUCCAUUCAAACACAUAAACGAUGUCACACUGGAGAGAAGCCCUAUGUCUGUAAGCUGUGUGGGAAAGCCUUCACCACCCUCAGUUCUCUUCGAUAUCAUGAGAGAAUCCACAGUGGGGAGAAGCCCCAUGUGUGUUUGCAAUGUGGAAAAGGUUUCAAUUCUUCCAGUACCCUUCGAAUACAUGAAAGGACUCACACUGGAGAGAAGCCCUAUGAAUGUAAGCAGUGUGGAAAAGUCUUUAGUGUUGACAGCUCCCUUCGAUACCACGAAAGGAUCCACAGUGGGGAGAAACCCUAUGUCUGUAAGCAGUGUGGAAAAGCCUUCACUCGUCACACCUCCCUUCGGUGCCAUGAAAGGAUUCACUGUGGGGAGAAACCCUAUGUCUGUAAACAGUGUGGGAAAGGUUUUAUUUCUUCCAGUAACUUUCGAAAACAUGAAUCGACUCAUUCUGGAGAGAAACUGUGUGUAUGUAAACUAUGUGGGAAAGCCUUCACUGAUCAUAGUUCGCUUCGCCGUCAUGAAAGGAUUCACAGUGGAGAAAAACCCUAUGUAUGUAAGCACUGUGGAAAAGGUUUCUCUUCUUUGAGUGGUUGUCAGAGACAUGAACAAAUUCACACUGGUGAGAAACCCUAUGUUUGUAAGAAUUGUGGGAAAGCCUUCACUAAUCCCAGUGCCCUUCGAAAUCAUGAAAGGAUUCAUAGUGGUGAAAAGCCCUAUGUAUGUAAGCAGUGUGGGAAGGGUUUCAUUUCUUUUAGUAAGUUUAGAAUCCAUGAACGGAUUCACACUGGAGAGAAACCAUAUAAGUGUAAACAAUGUGAGAAAGCCUUUACUGGUCACAGCUCCCUUCGACGUCAUGAAAGGAUUCACAGUGGAGAGAAACCUUUUGUAUGUAAGCAGUGUGGGAAAUCCUUUUAUACUUUAAGUGAUUGUCAAAGACAUGAACAAAUUCACACUGGUGAGAAACCUUACAUUUGCAAGCAAUGUGGGAAAGCCUUUACUCGUUCCAGCUCCCUUAAAAUACAUGAGAAGACUCACACUAGAAGGAAUUCCUAAGUAUUUUUUUUUUUAAGGUUUAUUUAUUUAGUAUACAGAAGCGGGCA